AUGUCCUCAGAAAAACGCGCUGCAAGCGGAUCCUUCAGCUCGUCGCAGUUGGUCAAGCGGCAGAGAUCUGACGCACAUCUGGGAAGCUCUUCGGUUUCGCUCGUAAAUGGAUCUGCUCAAAAUGGGGCGCUCAUUCAGGCUGUUUCUCGCUCAAGCUCAUUGCAAUCCCCGGUCAUGGAGCUGAAUGGUCAUUCUGGAGAAGUAUUCGCUACCAGAUUUUCCGGCACAGGCAAAUAUAUAGCGUCAGGCUCAAUGGAUCGCUCAAUAUUACUAUGGCAUACAUACGGCCACUGUGAGAACUUUGGAGUGUUGAACGGACACAAGGGAGCUGUACUUGAUCUCCAAUGGUCGCGUGAUUCCAGAGUCCUCUUUUCUGCCUCUGCAGAUAUGACACUUGCGAGUUGGGACCUCGAAACAGGUACCCGCAUACGUCGCCAUGAAGGACAUGAAGAGGUCAUUAACAGCAUGGAUGUGACGCGAAGAGGAGAGGAGAUUUUAGUGAGCGGAUCAGACGAUGGCUUCAUUGGGAUCUGGGACCCUCGUCAGAAGCAAGCCAUUGACUUCAUCGAAGUUGGAAUGCCUGUUACGUCGGUAGCUUUGGCAGAGGCUGGCAACGAGCUUUACACAGGCGGCAUCGACAACGACAUCAAAGUUUGGGAUAUGCGCAGGAAAUCUAUAGCAUACACGCUCAUAGGUCACACUGAUACUGUGACAUCCUUGGAGGUCUCGCCAGAUGCCCAAUUCCUGCUAUCAAACUCACAUGACUCGACAGUCAAGAAAUGGGAUAUAAGACCUUUCGCUCCGCAAGAACGCUUGCUACAAACGUAUGACGGUGCGCCACUAGGUAUGGAGAAGAACCUUCUCAAGGCUUGCUGGGAUUCAAAGGGCCAGAAAAUUGCGGCAGGAAGUGGCGACCGCAGUGUUGUCGUAUGGGACGCGCUCUCCGGAAAAUUGCUCUACAAGUUGCCGGGACAUAAAGGCGCGGUAAAUGAUGUUCGAUUCUCGCCACACGACGAGCCAAUCAUUGUUUCCGGAUCUUCAGACAGGAUGGUCAUGCUCGGAGAACUUGGGGUUUGA